AUGUCACUCAGAAAGUGGAAAAAAACCCAGCUGUUGGACUUGGCAAACAAACUAGACGUUCACGUCUCUCAGUCCUCGACCAAGGCCAAAAUCGCAGACGUCAUUGAUGCCUACUUGCAGGAACUGGAGAGUCCAUUAGAUCUGGUGGAAUAUCCAGAGUUGGCCACUUACUACGAAGAAUCUGCAGUGAACAGUGAUGAAGAGUCCGGCAGCGAUCCAAACGAAGACACUGAAGGCCUGAAGGAACGUUUCAAGGCCAAAGUCCAGGACACUGCAGACGCUGUGGCCGAUGCUGUGAGUAGCGCAGUGACGUCCAUCACAUCCAACGAAACGAAGGUGGAAAACCAAAACGAAAACGAAAACGACAACGACAAUGACGAAGAUGAGGAAUAUUUGGUCAACGGGACGUUGCCCGAAGGAACACCACUUCAAAACUGGUUUUCGAAUUUGGACUUUCAACGCAUCACUCCUGCGGAGGGCUCCUUUGCGUUCAAAUUCAACGAGUUUUUGCAUGACGUUCAAAACAAGACAUUCGAAGCCAACGAAAGCGUCCAGGAUGCUCUGUCCACCAUUCCUGCGGUGGAUGCGAUUUUCCUAGCGGUCGAAGCCUACGUUUACGUGGUUCGCAACCACUUGGAGUUCACCACGCAGAAACCGUUUGUCACGAUCACCACGGGAUGGCAAGAAAUCGGCGCUUUGACGUCGUUCUGGUCCUUAUGGUCGUUGGCGAUCCCUGUGUUUGUGUCAUACUAUGUGAAUUUCAUACGCUACGAUCUGCCGGAAGUGUCGAUCGACCCCAUGGUGUUUCAUAUCACAAAAGCGCUACUGGCACUGCUGUUGACGCAAUGGCAGCCUUCGUUUGCGGACGAGGCCGCUUACGCGGUGAAGGACGUUUCUGGAUCUGUCACCUCAUACGAGACCGCUGCGCAUUGGUUCCGGUAUGCGUUAACGGAAUGGAAACUACAAAUGGGUCUAUUGCCCUUUGUAUUGGCGUUUGCCGGCUCCGCGCUUUGUUUGUACGUUUUGUGA